CUCGAAAGCACCAUGAGUCUCCAGGCAGCAAUGCGCCAGGCCGCGCCUCAGUACAGCAGCAGCAAACCUUCGGCCGGCGUUGGCAUGUGGACUGAGGAAGAGCACGCCCGCUUCCUCGAAGGCGUCAAGCUCUUCUCGAGCGGACCCUGGAAGCGUGUGGCCGCCUACGUCGGCACGCGAAAUGUACGCCAAACCAUGACCCACGCGCAAAAGUACCGGUUGAAAGCAGCACGCCGACUGCGCGAGGCUCAGCGCAAACAGGCAGCGGCGCGACACGGACUGCACAGUACCCGUCGGGGCAUCGUAGUGGACAACGCGCUUGCGCAACGAUCAUUGCAGACGCCGUCGUCUGCCGGUGGUCUCGGUCUUGGCUCCUACUCAAAGAUGCGGCUACCCUGUACCUGCACUGAAAAGGACUGUCCGCAUAUGGACGAUGCCAGUAAGAUCUACAUGUCCAUUGCGGACGCUAUCGAAAUCCUCGACUCCAAGUCCUCGGUUGUCUCAGUAGCAGGCUCACCGGUAUCCUCGGAUGACCCACUCGGUAACACUUGGCUAAACGUUGGAACUUUCGACCCCGUGAUCAAGAUGGAUGGGAUCAGCAAAGACGACCUCAUCCCGUUGGACUCUACAGCCAGUGAUUCGGGCGAAUUCCCAACGCUUGAAGAUUGCGCCAGCGAAUUGUUGGAGUUGCUCUUCUGA